GGCUCAGAGACGCUGAAGAGAGCGCCCAGAUGGUCCCAGAGAAUCCGAAGCGAGCCUCAGAAUGGCCCAAGACGGUCCCAUGACAAGCCAGGAGGCCUCCCGUGGCAAUAUUGGCUCAAGCCACGUUGAUUCAAUACAGACUCCAGGUUAACUUUGCCGAGCAGUUUCUGGCCUCGGCGGCGGCUGGUGACGGUAGCCAUGUCGAAGAAGACCGCUGUUGGCAUCGAUUUGGGCACCACUUACUCUUGCGUCGGAGUGUGGAAGAACGACGGCGUCGAGAUCAUCGCCAACGAUCAGGGCAAUCGCACGACGCCGUCCUACGUGGCUUUCACCGACACCGAGCGCCUGAUCGGUGACGCGGCCAAGAACCAGGUGGCCCGCAACCCAGAAAACACCGUCUUCGAUGCGAAGCGGUUGAUCGGUCGCAAAUUCGCAGACCCUAUCGUGCAGGCCGACAUUAAGCUGUGGCCGUUCAAGGUCGAAGCAGGACAGGGCGACAAGCCGAUGAUCGUCGUGACAUCACAGGGCGAGGAGAAAAAGUUUCACCCUGAGGAGAUCUCUUCGAUGAUUCUGCUCAAGAUGAAGGAGACUGCGGAGGCGUACUUGGGGGCCAAGUGUAACGAUGCUGUUGUGACUGUUCCAGCCUACUUCAAUGACUCCCAGCGCCAGGCCACCAAGGACGCAGGAACGAUCUCAGGCAUGAACGUACUUCGAAUUAUCAACGAGCCCACCGCGGCGGCGAUCGCUUACGGCCUCGACAAGAAGGGCAGCGGUGAGAAGAAUAUCCUCAUCUACGACAUGGGCGGGGGCACCUUCGAUGUCUCUCUGCUCACAAUCGAGGACGGCAUCUUCGAGGUGAAGGCCACCGCCGGGGAUACACAUCUGGGCGGCGAGGACUUCGACAACCGCAUCGUGGAUUUCUGUAUGCAAGACUUCAAGCGCAAGAAUAGAGGCAAGGACCUCGCGGGCAACCAGCGCGCCAUUCGCCGUCUGCGGACACAGUGCGAGCGCGCCAAGAGGACCCUUUCCUCAUCCACUCAGGCCACGAUUGAGAUUGACUCCCUCUUCGAUGGUAUCGACUUCUCUUGCUCGCUGUCGCGCGCCCGGUUUGAGGAGCUCAACAUGGAUUAUUUCCGCAAUUCGAUGGGUCCCGUCGAAAAGUGUUUGCGUGACAGCGGCAUCGACAAGCGGAACGUGCACGAGGUCGUUUUGGUUGGUGGUUCUACACGCAUUCCGAAGGUACAGGCCAUGAUCCAGGAGUUCUUCAACGGCAAGGAGCCGAACAAGUCUAUCAAUCCGGACGAGGCCGUGGCUUUUGGCGCCGCAGUGCAGGCUGCCAUCCUCACCGGCGAGGGAUCCUCGCAAGUCCAGGAUCUUUUGCUGCUCGACGUGACGCCCCUCUCGAUGGGCUUGGAGACCGCUGGCGGAGUGAUGACCAAGCUGAUCGAGCGGAACACCACGAUUCCUACCAAGAAGGGUCAAACUUUUACCACCUAUGCCGAUAACCAGCCGGGAGUACUUAUCCAAGUGUUCGAAGGCGAGCGCGCAAUGACCAAGGACAACAAUUUGUUGGGGAAGUUCCACCUCGACGGCAUCCCGCCAGCCCCGCGGGGCGUGCCGCAGAUCGAGGUGACGUUCGACAUCGACGCGAACGGCAUCCUCAACGUGUCCGCUCAGGACAAGUCCACGGGGAAGUCCAACCAGAUCACCAUCACCAACGAGAAGGGGCGGCUGUCCCAGGCGGAGAUCGACCGGAUGGUGCAGGAGGCGGAGAAGUAUCGUGCCGAGGACGAGUCAAAUAAGGCAAAGAUCGAGGCGAAGAACGGCCUCGAGAAUUACUGCUUCACCAUGCGGAAUACCCUGCAGGAGGAGAAGCUCAAAGAAAAGUUCGAGGAUGGAGACAAGGAGAAGAUCGAGAAGGCGGUGCAGGAUGCCCUUGAUUGGCUGGACAAGAACCAGCUGGCCGAGAAGGAUGAGUUUGAGGCCAAGCAGAAGGAGCUGGAGGGCAUCGUCAACCCCAUCAUGAUGAAGGUGUACCAGGCCGCCGGCGGUGGAGGAAUGCCCGAGGGCGGCAUGCCGGGCGGUGGGGCUGCCCCCGGCGGCGGCGCGGGGCCCACUGUGGAGGAGGUGGACUAAGCCCGAGGCAUUGACCGCCGUCUUAGCCUUGUAUUCAGAAUGCCCACAAGGUGCUCCGAGCAGCAGGCUGGGGUGCGCCAUGCACCUCUGAGGCCCUGCCCAGCGCGUUCGGCUGAUGAGACGAGCAGAUUUUAUCCCGUCUACUUAGGCCACAGACGUUGGCCGGUCCCCAGCUGCCAGUCGGCCUCCCGACUGACCAGCGGGGGUUUGCGCAUGCGCGCUGGGCCGCGGGCCACAGACUCAUAGACUUCUCUGCAGCACGAGUGCUGUCAAGGCGAGCAACAAAAAACGAAGAAGACAGACCCCG